CAUAAUCUUAUGCUAAUGCAUCGUCAAUGCAAUCUGACAAUGUUAUUGCGGUUUUCAACAGUCGUCUGCUCUUUGUAGUAGAUAUUCAGGCUUAAUUUUCGGUUUCGUUAAGGACCGUGUUAUAGUAAUUUCACUCGUGCAGAAAGCAGUCUACAGAUGUUUCGCACAAUCUCACAGCGACUGUUGCCAAGAUGCAUGUCUAUGAGGCAAAAACACACCCUACCAGACUUGCCAUAUGAUUUCAAUGCACUGGAACCAGUCAUUUCUGCUGAAAUCAUGCAACUACAUCAUCAAAAACAUCAUCAGACAUAUGUCAAUAUGCUGAAUCAGACGGAAGAAAAGUUUAUGGAAGCAAAAGAGAAGAAUGAUCUUAAAACAAUGAUUGCUCUUGGACCGAUGCUUCGCUUUAAUGGUGGGGGUCAUCUCAACCAUUCCAUUUUUUGGCAGAAUUUGUCACCUAAUGGAGGUGAACCAGAGGGAGAGCUUCUGGAAGCAAUCAACAAGGAUUAUGGGUCAUUAGAAAAUAUGAAGAACAUUUUCUCUUCAGCAACAGUAGCAAUUCAAGGUUCAGGAUGGGGUUGGCUAGGAUAUAAUAAGACAACCAAGACUCUAGCAAUUACCACUUGUGCUAACCAAGAUCCUUUGGAGCCUACAACAGGAUUAGUUCCAUUACUUGGAAUUGAUGUUUGGGAGCAUGCAUACUACUUGCAGUACAAGAAUGUCCGAGCUGACUAUGUAAAGAAUUUGUUCAAAAUAAUUAACUGGAAAGAUGUGGCGGUCCGACUGGCUUCUGCAAAGCAGUAAUUUGCUUUACCAUUCGAGUGAUAGUAGUUCAAGAAAUAAAGUUCGAGAAGAAGAAAAAAAAAUCUAGGUUUUAACAAAUGGGUGUAUGUCCAGUCAAUACAGACAAUAUCUAUAUUA